CGACGAGGCUGCCCAAGCGACGCGUGUAGGGCUGUUGUUGCAUCGCAUUGGUGAAAAAAAGCACAACCAUGGGCCUCCCGCACCGCGUCAUACUGUGCGCCACCCUGGCAGUCGCGCAGAACAUGGGGCAAUGGGUCGGCGGCGAGCACUGCGCGGGCUCCCACUGCGGGCCCGGCAAGGACGAGAAGGAGGCAAAGCGCUGCGAGCACCCGGCCGGCGCCGGCGCCCACGUGCUCUACAACGCGUCAGUGGCGGUCGGUGACAAGACGGAGCACCUGACGACGCGGUGGGUCCACGCCGUCGUCGACGGGCGCAUCCUCAAUCCCCUGACCGGCGCCUGCGCGGGCGAGACGGUUGAGGUUGACGAGUUUCCCGAGGAGUUCCGGCAUCGUGCGAGCGAGAAAGGAGCGAAGGUGCUGGCGGAGGUCGUGCACGUGACGAGCGCCGACGACGUUCGGCUGAUCGACGCGCUGAAGGCGCGCGAGUUUGACGUCGCCGCGAAGCUCGUGAACGAAGAUCACGUGGGCGUGAACGCGCGCGACGACCACGGCGUGCCGGCAUUGUCGAUUGCGGUGCAGCUGCGGCAGCCCGUGCUGGCCGCUUCUCUAUUAAAUGCGGUGGAUCCUCGCGUCGACGUCGACGCCGCGACGCCAUCCGGAUACACGGCCCUCCACUUCGCCGUCGGCUCCAACGACCGCAACGUCGUCAAAGCCCUACUGCGACGAGGCGCGGACCCGAACGCGCAGAUCACGCAGGAACAGUCGGGUGGCUGGGGCCCGCUGCACUUCGCCUGCCGGUUGGGUCACCUGGAGAUCGCCAAAUCACUCUUAGAUUUCGAUGCGGAUCCGUUAUUAACUGGCAAUGCGGGCGAAAACGCGUUCAAGGUCGCGGAGGACGCGGCGGUCCCCUACGCGACGCGCAAAAAGAUCGCCGGACUACUCAACGAGGCCAUGGCGCGGCGCGGCGGGGAGCUUUAAGACAUAAACA